CAAUAAAAUAUCAACGAAAUGAAACGGAACUUUUCAAUUUUAAACAAAAGCAUCGCUGCCGUAGUCAAUUGAACGAUUAAACACACACAAAAAAGGUUCGCUGCACAAGUAAUUCACCGACAUGUCCAUGUAAAAAGAGAAAUAACCAGAAAUAAAUCCAGUGCCUCUGACUUUCGAAAACGAAAUGUAAAUCAACGAAAAGUGCCUAAAUUGUGAAAGUACAACGAAAUUUUGUGCCCUCUUGCCUUAGUUCGUAUAUAUAUAAGAAGAAACACCAACAACAAAAAGUUCUCUAAUUUAUGUGUGAAUCUGUGUGGAUAUAAAAGAAAACGGAUCAUAUUAUCAUUAUAUGUGAGGGAAAUUCGUGCAAUGUUACAGUUAUAUACGAAGAAAAUAUGGUGGCAACUGGGAAACAGUGGCUUUUCGCUGGAAUUACACUAGUUCUGGGCCUAUACGAAAUAUCAGAAGCGAAGAAAAACUAUACGCUGCGGCCCAGAGUCGUUCUUCCGGAAAAUUAUGUUAAAGAAGUACGUCCGCCCUCGAAAAAAGGUAAUCCGGUUGUCGUGAAAUUUAGCAUUUUCGUAGUUGACAUAAAUUCUAUCAAUGUUGAGGACAUGGACUUUAGAGUGGACAUGUUUAUGCAUCAAACGUGGAAAGAGUCCCGACUCAAGCUUCCCGAUGACAUUUUCGAAGAGGGUGACGAUUACGUAACACUUCCGCCCGAAUUUUUCGAAAAUCUUUGGCAACCAGAUCCAUACUUCUUAAACUCGAAAGUUGCGGAAAUCGCAACUCUAACUCACAAAUUCUCGUCGGUAACUUUGUACAAAAAUAAAACCGUUCGCUAUGCAGCUCGUAUGCAUGCUAUUAUGGCCUGUCAAAUGGAGUUUCAAUUAUAUCCGAUGGAUAUCCAAAUAUGUCCAAUAUUCAUAGAAAGUUUUUCCUAUAAUACUCAAAAGGUUCGACUGAAAUGGGCCGAUGCUGGCGUGACCCUGAAUCCCGAAUUGAAAUUACUUCAGUACAAUUUAGGUCAGCCGCUAGAACUAGACGAAACUAAUGGUUAUAUGCCGGAAAAGCAUGGUAAUUAUUCUCGCUUGACUGUGUAUUUCAAAUUUGAACGACAGAUCGGGCAUCAUUUGAUACAGACAUUUGCGCCAUCAUCUUUAGUUGUUAUGUUGUCAUGGUUCAGUUUUUGGCUAGGUUUAGAUGCGAUACCAGGAAGGGUGACGCUAUUGGUAACUUGCAUGUUAACAUUAGUGACAAUGUUCACAGGCUUGCGAGCUGACAUACCGCCAGUAGCUUACGUUAAGGCAUUAGACUUGUGGAUGGCUGGUUGUAUGUUAUUCGUGUUUGCUGCAUUCGUUGAGUUUGUUGUCGUUAAGGUUUUGGACGUUCAAUACCAGUACCAAAUCAAUCGGGUUCCGAAGGUACCAAUGCGAAUCAAUGCAAUGGAAAAAGGUCAAUGUCCAACCAUUACAACGUGGGAGGGUGUAAACAUUCGAUCAAGAAAAUCAACUCCAACGGCAACCACACCUGGACAAGCAUCACUGCAAGGAAACGGCGGAACGAAGGCCAACCGACGACAAAGCAUACUGUCCGUUGCUUGGACCGACGUCGAUACGGGUGUAGAGAAGAUAAUGUGGCGCGAAAUUGAUAAAGUGUCUCGCAUUGUGUUUCCGGGAUUGUUUUUAGUGUUUGUCAUUUUGUAUUGGCCGGCUUUGCUACUGAAAUCGUCAGCGAUUUAAGGAUCAUUCUGCUAUUACGUUAAUUCAUUCCGAUGAGAAAAUAAUCGUUUGAUUUUUGGUGAGAACAGUCGAAAAAUUUAUUUCUCGUUUCAUAGAAGCAGAGCCAAUUUUAUAGACUGAAUUCUAAAGAUUUCUACAAAUUUUAAGCUUUUUCUUUUUGAGUUUGUUUGUUGUGUGUGUUUUGUAGAAUUUUUUUUAGAAUUAAAUCUACGAAAUUAGGUGCUGGCUGAUUUUAGAAGUUUCAAUCGAAUUGUGAUAAUCAUCAUAAGAAAUGUGCAGAGCAUAAUUUACAGGCGAAUUUAGUAAGUAGCAAACAGAUUUAUAUAAAUGCAGAAAAUUGCAUUUCACCAUAGCGCUGCUCCUAGCAUAGCAAUAGCACAAAAAGUGGUUGGAGGAUCUAUGUAUCUUUUGUCAGAUUGCUUUUGGAUGAGUUACAGACAAUUUUAAGCUGCUGCGCUCAGCACUAAAGACUACAAAUUUGAAGGUUGUCAAUUCAGUGCUAAUGCUCGGAGCAGUGCUAUGAUUUUACCUUAAAUUGUCACAUAAUUCUUGGCCUUCUUUUGGGAAAUGUGCCUGAUUCAAUUUUAAUUUAAGCAAGCAAAAUGACGGGAAAAGAUUCGUCGUAACAUUCGUUGUCGUACAACACAUAAAGAACUUAGAGAGACGAGUUUGUGGAAGAAUUUCAUAUAUUGUCUCUCACAAUUUCG